UCCGCUACCAGCUGUGCUGUUGGAGGCUAUGGUUUUACAAUCGUCGAUGCUCAGAUUCGUUCAUUCCCGCAACAGCGGUGUCGCUCACAUGGCUACACACAAGAAGUUCGACUGCCGAGCGGCACAUCAACGUCAAGGUCCCUGCUCAGCUCUACCUGUGUCGGCGCUCGGUUUGUGGAUAUACCAUGGCAAGUAAUUUCGCCCGGAUUUUGUCCACCAAAAGACAUGUGGGCAUUCUGUCAUUAGUAGGAGCUGGCACGUUGACAGCAGGAAUAUUUCUGACCAGAGACCAACAUGUAAGCGCCGGGUCGCAGGUUCGGCGACUAUACCCAGCCAGUGCAGAAUACCCAGACCUUCGGAAACAUAACAACUGCAUGGCAAGCCAUCUCACUCCCGCCGUGUAUGCAAAACUGUGUGACAAAGCCACGCCAAAUGGCUUCACUUUGGAUAACGCCAUCCAGACUGGCGUGGACAACCCAGGCCACCCCUUCAUCAAGACCGUGGGCAUGGUGGCCGGGGACGAGGAGUCAUACGAGGUGUUUGCAGACCUUUUUGACCCUGUCAUCAAGGAGAGACACAAUGGGUAUGACACCAGAAACAUGACCCAUCCCACCGAUCUGGACUCCAGCAAGGUGAAGUCGGGCGUGUUUGACGAUCGCUACGUGCUGUCCUCGCGCGUGCGGACGGGCCGCAGCAUCCGCGGGCUCAGCCUGCCUCCGGCCUGCACGAGAGCGGAGCGUCGCGAGGUGGAGCGGGUGGUGGUGGACGCGCUGGCCGGCCUGGGCGGAGACCUGUCGGGACACUACUACAGUCUCAUGCAGAUGACCGACAAGGAACAGCAGCAGCUCAUCGAUGAUCACUUUCUGUUUGAUAAGCCAGUGUCACCCCUCCUGACCUGUGCAGGGAUGGCCCGCGACUGGCCCGAUGCCCGAGGAAUAUGGCACAAUAACGAGAAGACCUUCCUGAUCUGGAUAAACGAGGAGGACCACACGCGCGUCAUCUCAAUGGAGAAGGGCGGCAACAUGAAGAGGGUCUUUGAACGCUUCUGCAAGGGCCUGAAAGAGGUGGAGAGGCUGAUCACUGAGAAGGGUUGGGAGUUCAUGUGGAACGAGAGGCUGGGCUACGUCCUCACCUGUCCGUCAAACCUGGGCACAGGCCUACGUGCGGGCGUACACAUCAACCUCCCCAAACUUAGCAAGGACCCCCGCUUCCCUAAGAUCCUGGAGAACCUGCGUCUGCAGAAGAGAGGCACGGGGGGAGUGGACACUGCAGCAGUGGGAAGCACCUUUGACAUCUCCAACCUGGACCGCCUGGGGCAGUCUGAGGUCCAGCUGGUGCAGACGGUGAUCGACGGCGUGAACUUCCUGAUUGAGUGUGAGAAGAAGCUGGAGAAAGGACAGGACAUCCGCGUCCCUCCUCCCAUCGGCCAGAAGUAGACGGAGGGAGCAGCUCUGAGUGACUGGCCCUGACUCACGCUGCCUCAGUGUCCCCUGUCCCCUGUCCAUGUCCCUCCUGUCCUGCACUAUACUAUUCCUCCCUCUUAGUGGUCAACCGAGUCAGAGGUGUCCACAGAGAUUUUAGGCCCCUAUGAACGAAUACAGUUCUGAGUUUGUUUGUUCUUAAUAAUAAUAUUAUUAAUGUAAUAUUAAGAAAGUGAUUUUAAUAUAUUCUGCUCAAAGUGGCCCUGGUCAAUGCUUGAAGCCCCAUACACAGUCAUUUGAACUUCACUCCCUUUGCUGGUGGCACCCCUGAAUCGAGUUGCUUCAAUUUAACCACACCUGCAGUUCAAGCAAAAACUCCUCCAAGCCUACGUCAUUCCCAAAAAUGCACAGCCGAGCCCAGGCCCUGUGGAGUAUUACAACAUCACGGUUAAGUGAUAAACAUGGUCACUUACAGAACGUGGUAAACCUGCUAAUAGAUGGCCUGCAUGUGUCGUUUAGUUUAGAAAAUGAGACCUCCAGGCUCUUCUAUUAUCUGAUUUACCACCACCUCCACAGAUUAACUUAACUUGGUUAACUACUGAACCACCUUCUUGGAAUUCCCCUCUGGUCCUGCCCCCUCCCGGUCAGAGCAUGCUCAGUUCAUUUGUGUCCAUCAUGUCUUAUUAUGAACUCUCUCACUGUGUAUACCGGAGAAGUGAAUGUACUCCUUUUCAUGAUUGUGUUACUGUGGCCUCAUUCAGUCAUGUGGCAGACACCUAUAGUACUUGAUCAACUUUUACUGUAUAUGACAUGUUCUACAACAAUAAUAAUACCAACAGUAAUCUUCUGGAUGUAAAUGCUUGCUCAGGUGAAAUCAAUAAUCAUUUCCAACUGUGUUAAUAAUAAUGAUCAAUAUUUUUUGCGAAAACAAAAAAUGUAGCUCAAUAAACAAAAGCUUGUAUUUAUCCAAACACA